UUAGGUUGUCUUCACUGCCAUGUAUUUAUCUGACAUGUUUUCCCAUCAACUCUGACAAGGAGGGACGCUGUCCGUUUUAUAUUCGUUCUCACAGACUGAGCAUUGAAAAUACGGCGAGUCGAUGUCCAAAGACAACCGCCAUGAUGGACGGCGGCGUGGCGCUGGGCAGCACCGUCUCGGCCCGAGAGUUAGUCAAGGUGGGGACGGGAGGGAGAGGUCGGGUAGCAACAGCUCUGGCUCUUCGCAUGGAGGGGGCAAAAGCAAGAAUGCAACCAUUUCCGCUUUGAAGGCGUCUUUUCAGCGCUCCAACAGCCUCGACAAAGUGAGGAAGAUCGUUGCUGAAGAAGGCCGUGCUGCUCGAAACCUCAUUGCCUGGAGUGUACCUCUGGAGAACAAAGAGGAGGAAGCAAAAUCUAAAAGCAACUCUGGUGGCAGUUCAAGAGCUCAGAGGAUCAAUUCUGGGCAACAAAGAAAUAAGAAACAGAAUGCUGGUGUCGACAUUAAAAGCGCAUCUGGUGCCUUAUUGGACAAGGGGUCUGAGAAGAGCCCCACCAAAACGAGGCAACCUCGAAAAGUGGACCUGCGGGCACGUUACUGGGCUUUCCUCUUUGACAACCUGCGGCGAGCUGUGGAUGAAAUCUAUGUCACCUGUGAAUCAGAUCAGAGCGUUGUGGAGUGCAGGGAAGUGUUGAUGAUGUUGGACAACUACGUCCGGGAUUUCAAAGCUCUCAUAGACUGGAUCCAGCUUCAGGAAAAGUUGGAGAAAACAGAUGCCCAGAACAGGCCCACAUCUUUAGCCUGGGAGGUGCGUAAAAUGUCUCCAGGGCGACAUGUGAUGCCAAGCCCCUCAGCUGACAGGAUGGUUCCUUCUCCAGGUGCACGUCGCACCCUUAAUUUUGGGGGUCAACCACCUACACUGGCUGCAGCUCGCCUCUCCCACACAGGCCCCAGCUGGGCAGAUAGAGUGAAGUGCACUCAGUCGGCCCCCAGCUCCUCUCAGUUGACCAGCUCACCGGUAGAAAAGCUGGGUAAAAAAGAUGCAGAGGGCUGGGAGACGGUCCAGCGAGGACGCACUGCCAAACCACGCUCAGCCGCCAUGGUUGCCAAAGUCAGUCCUGUCUUGGCCAAUGUCACCCCCAAACAGAAUGGUGCCAAGGGUAACCAGCCUCAUGUCCCAUCACAGAAGGAGCAACAAAUUCAUCCUCAUUGUCCACCAAAUAAAGACACAGCCCAGACGGACACUCAGCAGCAAGCCCCUGCAGAGCCUGACCCACCAGAGAAGGUUGGAAGUCCAGAGAAUGAACACGUCAUGGAGCCCCCAGCAGAGAGUGUACAAGACUCGGGGCAGUGUGUCGACGCACCCUGCGAAGACGCGCCUCCCCCAAUGCCGGGUCUUACCCCUUCCCAAGCCCCAGAGCUGACCCCAUCCUCAGCCACAGCCCCACCAACAGACAUGACCUUAUCAGUCCCAGUCCCCACUCUAGCCCUCUCCCCAUCCCCAGACCCUCCCCAGACGGAUGGGCUCAGUGCACUGUUGGCCUUGGGGUACAGUGGGGCUGAGGGGGGCGCGUCGCAGGGCAUGGCUACAUCUGCUCCAGGAAAGGCUGAGACUCCCAUGGCAGCGGUGAAACUGGAGAGUGUGCUGGACCCCACAGAGCUUUCUACUCCCCAGUCCAUGGCAGAAGUUCUGGCCAAGAAAGAGGAGCUCGCAGACCGACUGGAGAAGGCCAAUGAAGAAGCAAUUGCCAGUGCCAUCGCAGAGGAAGAACAGCUUACCAGAGAGAUUCAGGCUGAGAAUAAUGACCUGGAGACUGACAACGAGAGCGACUUCUCUGCUAGCAUCGGCAACGGAGGUUGUGGAGUGAACAUGGAUUGGAGUGACAUGCUGGCAGACUAUGACGCUCGUGAGCCGUGGCGUCAGAGCACCUCAUGGGGGGACAUUGUAGAAGAGGAACCUGCUCGGCCUCCAGGUCACGGGAUCCACAUGCACGAGAAAUUGUCCUCGCCAUCACGUAAAAGAACCAUUGCAGAGUCAAAGAAGAAACAUGAGGAGAAACAGCUGAAGGCACAGCAGCUGAGGGACAAACUCCGUGAGGAAAAGACGCUCAAACUGCAGAAGCUGCUGGAGAGAGAGAAGGAGGUGAGAAAGUGGAAGGAGGAGCUGUUGGAGCAGCGUCGGAAGAUGAUGGAGGAAAAGCUGUUACAUGCUGAAUUUAAGCGAGAGCUACAGCUGCAGGCAAUUGUGAAGAAGGCCCAGGAAGAAGAGGCAAAGGUGAACGAAAUAGCAUUCAUCAACACACUGGAAGCUCAAAACAAAAGACAUGAUGCCCUGGCCAAGCUAAAUGAGUAUGAGCAGCGUUUGAACGAGCUGCAGGAGGAGAGGCAGAGGAGGCAAGAGGAGAAACAGGCCAGAGACGAGGCUGUGCAGGAGCGGAAACGCGUCUUAGAGGCCGAGCGGCAAGCACGGUUGGAGGAGCUGCUGGUGCGUAGGAAGGAGCAGGAGGCCAGAAUUGAACAGCAGAGGCAAGAAAAGGAGAAAGCGAGAGAAGAUGCAGCAAGGGAAAGAGCAAGAGACCGAGAGGAGCGGCUGGCUGCUCUGAGUGCGGCUCAACAGGAGGCCAUGGAGGAGCUACAGAAGAAAAUUCAGAUGAAGCAUGAUGAGAGCAGUCGUAGACAUAUGGAGCAAAUUGAGCAGAGGAAGGAGAAGGCUGCUGAGCUCAGCAGUGGCCGUCAUGCUAACACAGACUACGCACCAAAACUGACACCGUAUGAACGCAAGAAACAGUGUUCCCUGUGCUGUGUUGUGAUCACCUCAGAGGUGCACCUGUUUAGCCACACCAAGGGCAAGAGGCACCAACAGGCCGUGCGAGACAGUAGCAGUAUCCAAGGACGGGAGCUCUCAGAUGAGGAAGUGGAGCAUCUGUCUUUGAAGAAAUACAUUGUGGAUAUAGUGACGGACAGCUCUGUGUCUUCUGAGAGCAUGAAGGAUGGAGAGGAGAGGCAGAAGGCGAGGAAGAAGGCAAAGAAGCUCCGUGCCAGGAUGAACUCCAGGGCAAAGGAAUAUGAGACGUCAAUGGAGGCAAAGACGCAGGUCCCUGACUCGCCAUACAAGGCCAAGUUGCAGCGCCUGGUGAAGGACUUGUUGAAGCAGCUGCAGGGCCAAGAUAGUGGCCAGUGGGCCAACAACAAGGUGUCUGGUCUGGACAGAACUCUGGGGGAGAUCUCACGCAUCUUAGAGAAACAGAACAAUGCAGACCAAGUGGCCUUCCAGGUGGGCGGCGGCCUGUCGGCGCUGGAACAAAUUCUGCAGGUCAUCACUGCUGCCUCCACACCCACUGCUGUUCCCCGUAUCCCUCAUAAAUCCCUCUGUGCUGCUGUAAAUACCUACUACCUGGCGUGUUCCUGCUGCCCCCUCAACUGCUCCUAUGUGCUGUUUAGCAACAAGAUAGCACUCCUCAUGGACCUGCUGCUCCAUCAGCUCACACUGUAUGUCCCAGAGGAGGAUAAAUCCAUUUUUGGCCGCAGUGUGAACAAACAAGUCUUUGAGGGUUUGACCACUGGCCUGCUGCAGACCAUAGCUACCAUCCUUGGAUGUCUGUGGCCACAUAUCCCUGAGACUGGACAAGGCGAAAAGACGUGGAUUUCCUCCCCAGAUGCCAAGGUCAAGAGCUCUGCCACAGAGUCCUUCAACACCCGCACACAAGACCUCAUCAGUUACGUCGUAAACAUGGGAUUGAUCGACAAGCUGUACGGCUGUUUCUUGUCAGUCCAGGGUCCUGUAGACGAGCAUCCCAAGAUGUCUGCGUUCCUCCAGCAAGCCUCCGCUCUGCUGCACAGCAUGUGCAAGCUGUGUUUUGUCGUAACUGGACGUGCUCCCAGUAUUUUUGACAAUAAACGUCAGGAUCCGACUGGACUCACGGCCCUGCUGCAGUCCACAGACCUGGUGGGAGUGGUGCACACCCUGUAUUGUAUCUUGCUGCACAGUUUUGCACCCGAGUCUGCUUCCCAUAGUCAGGAGCCCUACGGCCCUGGGGUCAUCCAGGUGGCUUUGCAAGGCAUCCGCUUCCUCAACAAUUUUGCCCUGCUUGACCUUUCUGCCUUCCAGUGUGUUCUAGGAGCUGAAGGCUUGUCUCUAGCUUUCCGACAUAUCAUCAGCUCUCUGCUCUGGUACUGUACCCAGCAUUCCUCUGAAGAGCUGCUGCAUGAAGUCAUCAUCUGUGUGGGAUACUUCACUGUCAACCAUCCUGACAACCAGGUGAUUGUGCAGUCUGGCCGCCAGCCCAGCGUGCUGCAGAAACUGUGUCAGCUGCCCUUCCAGUACUUCAGCCACCCGCGCCUCAUCCGAGUGCUCUUCCCUUCCCUCAUCUCAGCGUGCUACAACAACUCCCAAAAUAAGGUCAUCCUGCAGCAGGAGAUGAGCUGUGUGCUACUGGCUACAUUUAUUCAGGACUGUGCUGCAAAUGAGAAAGACGGCAAAAUAAAGCAAACAGUUUCCCAGCCGCUUGAUUUCUGCGAGUUGUCAAACCGCUUUCCAAGAGACCAGUGGGACUCGGCACUGCAGUUUUUCCUGAAGAAACAAGACGAGUGAUGAAGUUGCACAAGGUCCUCAGACUACAUGAGGACAACAUAAACACAAUAAGAGACUGUGAUGGGGGGGGUCUUUUUUUUUGGCUCUAUACUGUAAGUCUGGCACACUAGUAAAUACGGUCUUCAGAUACUGUCAGAUGUAAAGAUGGUGACGCCUUAUCCUAUGUCUGUUUUGAUUUCAUAGAAAUCAGAAUGUCUUUAUAAGGAUUUUGCACAAAAAUGUCUUGUUUGUACAUUAAAGUUAGAACACGCACAACUAUUCCAUUUAAUGUCUAAACAAGCCGUAUGUUUCUCUUCUUGUUGCUGUUGUAGAUAAAAAUUGAUCCUUUUUCCAACCAGUGAUGCUCUAAACCUUUAUAAUUUACUGACACUGUUAUUUAUCAUUUGCCAAGCAUUUCACCAGUACUGUUUUUGUAAAUGUAUUGUAUUUGUUUCUUUGAAUGUGCAAGACCAGAAAUGUAUCUUUAAUUUUACAAAGCUAGUUCAGUUACAGGACCUGCCUUGAUUGCAACUUAAGUUUAUAUUUUUCAAGCUCACACAUUUUCCAUUGUUUUUCCUUCAGAAGGCAU